ACAGCCUACGGAUGCAAAUCAGUGCCCAGGUAGCCAACCGUGCUCCAGAGUGGCAGAGUCCAGAGACCAGACCCGCGAGCUCACCGCUCAGACUUUACCGCCAAGCCUUUUGUUCACCGUUACUCCGUUCACCCCGCGAGGCGUGACUCGUGAGCUCUCCGUGUCUUGGCGAUGACUGGGCGACCGACGAUGCAGCCGUAGGCCAGGGGCCCCAGGUCUUCCUCUGGUCCUUCUCCGGCGAAGAGCACCGGUCAGGUCCUGACACAUCUAUUUUGACUGGAUAACAACGAAGGUUUCUCUGAUAUUCUGAUGUUGUAGCAGUUACUGUGGACGAUGUUCGUUUGUGUUUAUCAUUUUCUUGGUCUUGUUCGGGGCAACAACGACAUUGGGAAUAAGUGUACGGCAGACAAACAGUAACAUGGGAAGGAAAGGCUCAGAAAUGUCACCAAGUAAAAGGUAUCCCUUGAGGUCUCCACAUAGUAGUGGUAGAGUUCUUCGCUCUGCCUUAGCCAAUGAUAAUAAGGACAGUGAGCCUCUGAAUGCUGCUGCUGCUACCCAAGCCGCUGUGAAAAAAAGAAGUGGCAGUCAGUUGGAUAGUCCUAAUAGCAGUGUCAGGUUGUUUCACUCUACAUCAAAAAAUAAGAACGAGGCAUGUAGCGGGCCUCUAAAUGACAGGAUCCCUGAUAAGCCAGCUGCAAAUAAAAGAAAACGUGCCAGUCCUUCACAGGUGGGAAGUUCCAGCAACAGUGUCAGGGUGCUUCGCUCUGCAAUAAAAAAUAAAGAUGAGGCAUGCAGUAAAUCUCUAAGUGACAGGACCGCUGGUGAGCCAGCUGCAAAUAAAAGAAAAAACGUCAAUCGCUCAAAGACGGGGAGUCUGAGCUGUGGUGUCAGGGUGCUUCUAUCUGCUUCAAAAGCUAAGGAUGAGACAUCUACCAAGCCUUUAAAUGAUAGUGCUGCUGUUGAACCAGCUUCAGGUAAAAGGAAAGGCACCAGUCCGUCAAAGGUGGGAAGUGCCAGCAAUAGUGUCAGGGUGCUUCGAUCUACUUCAAAAUAUAAGAAUGAGACAUGUACUGAGCCUUUAAAUGAUAGUGGUGCUGUUGAACCAGCUGCAAAUAAAAGGAAAGGUGUCAGUCGUUCAAAGAAGAGAAGUCUCAAUAGCAGUGUCAGGGUGCUUCGCUCUGCCUCAAAUAAUAAGAUUGAGGUAUCUAUUAAGCCUCUAGGUAAUAGUACUGCUGGCCAACCAGCUGCGAAAAGAAGAAAAAGCGGCAGUUCCUUCGAGGCAGGAAGCCCUGUGAGCAGUGCCAGGGUGCUUCGCUCUACCUCAGAAAGGAAGAAUGAGGCAUCUAAGCCUUUAAAUGAAAGUACUGCUGCUCAACCAGCUGCGAGGAAAAAAAAAGCUGGGGUAAUUUCAAAGACCGACAAUCCAAAGAUUGGUCUCAGGGUUCUUCGCUCUGCCUCAGGAAAGAAGAAUGAAGCAUGUAUUGGGCAUGUAAAUGAUAGUACUUCUGCUGAACCAACUGUGACAAAAAGAAACCGCAAGCCUUCAAUGGAUCGCAGUCCCAAGAAGGACUACUUAAAAAUUUGUCAAAGAGUUAGAUAUAUUUUGAAUCGAAUGAACUAUCAACAAACCUUUAUUCAAGCUUAUGCAAGUGAAGGUUGGAAAGGCCAAAGUUUGGAAAAAAUAAGACCUGAAAAGGAGCUUGAACGAGCCAAGGCAGAAAUCCUCCAAUGCAAGUUAAGAAUCCGUGAAGCUUUUCGAAAUAUGGACUCUCUUUUAUCCAAGGGGAAGCUUGAAGAAUCUUUGUUUGAUUCCGCAGGAGAAAUUUCAAGCGAAGAUAUAUUUUGUGCUGUAUGUGGCUCAAAGGAUGUUACUUUACAAAAUGACAUCAUUCUUUGUGAUGGAGCCUGUGACAGAGGAUUCCACCAGAACUGUUUGAACCCUCCUUUGCUAACUGAAGAUAUACCUCCGGGGGAUCAAAGAUGGCUUUGCCCUGCAUGUGUCUGCAAAGCAGACUCUAUAGAUGCACUAAAUGAACUUCAAGGAAGCAAGCUCUCCAUUCAUGACUCAUGGGAGAAAGUUUUCCCUGAGGCAGCUUCAAUUGCCAACGGUUCUAAACAAGUUGAUACUUCUGAUCUGCUGCCAGAUCAUAUAAAGCACAGUGACAACCCUGCAUUGGUUGAAGGGCUGAUGGUGAAUGAAGUCAGGCUUUCUGCAGAGGAUGACAGCAAAGCGGAUGACCUUGGCUUGCCUUCGGAGGACUCAGGGGAUGGUGACUUCGAUCCGUCAGGUCCAGAUUCUAGUGAAGACCAAAAAGAUGGAUUGAACUCAGAAGAGUCAGAUUUCACAUCUGACUCUGAUGAUUUUUGUGCUGAGAUUGCCAAAUCUUGUGGCCAGGAUGAAGUCUCGGCAUCUCCAUUAUCAAAUGUGAUAAACCAUACUUAUAGAAUGAAACUCAGGGCCAGCAACAACCGCUCUAAUGAAGAAAACCAUGAUCAUGUAUUUAUGGACAUGGAGCUAGGGCAAGACAUGGUGCUACCAGUUUCAAGCAGGCGGCAGGUGGAACGGUUGGAUUACAAAAAACUAUAUGAUGAGGCAUAUGGGAAAGAAUCAUCUAAUUCAAGUGAUGACAAAGAGUGGUCUGGAAAAGAACUAUUAGAAGGCAGUGAAACAGAUUCACUUAGUGAGCGACCUCAUCCUGUAAAACGGUGCUCUAGAAGAGCACAAGCAGAGCAGCAGAAUAAUGAACAUACACCACAGAGGGAGCGCCUUCAUGGUUCUGAAAGUGAGCAGAAAACUGGAAUUCUUCGAUCCAAUGGCAGCAGUAGCACAGGACGGAAGUUUGGUCCUGUAGCUACCCAGAAAUUGAAGGUACAUUUUGAGAAAGAUCCAUAUCCUAGCCGUGAAACGAAAGAGAAUAUAUCAGAAGAACUAGGCUUGACAUUUAAUCAGGUCUCCAGAUGGUUCUCUAGCACUCGUCACUAUUCAAGGGUUGCUUCUGCCAGAAAAGAAAUGCAUCCUGACGGCCAUACUAGCGAGAAUAAUGAUACCACGACUGUAGAUAGCAUGCAAGCAAGGCAACCCAACACUGUGGUGAUGGAAAAGUUGACUGGGAAUAGAAAUGACAUUGUUUCUGAGAAACCGAUGGUGCAGAACAAUCUUAACCAAGGGGUGGCAGAAAAGUUGACUAGGGAUAGAAAUGACAUUGUUCCUGAGAAACAGGUGGUGCAGAGCAAUCUUAACCAAUGUAAUAAUGAAGAUAUCCCGCUUUCUGGAACAGAAAUUGAGAUGGAGUCUUACGAACAAGAAUCAUCUGAAAGCAGUGAUGAAGAGUGGUCCACACUUAGCACACCACGAAAAACAAAAUUACAAGGCAACGAAAAAGUAUCACUUACUGAAUCACUACGUUCUGCAAAACGGUGUUCUAGAAGAGCACCAGCUAGGGAGCAGAAUAAUGAACAUACUCAGAGUGAGCAGCUUCAUGGUUCUGCAAGUGAGCAGCAAGCUAGAGAGCAACUUCAUGGUUCUGUAAGUAAACAGCAAACUGAAGUUCUUCGCUCCAAUGUCAGCAGUGGCGAUGCCUCAAAAUGUCAUUUUGGCCCUAUAGUUACUCAGAAGCUGAAGGAACAUUUUGAAAAAGAUCCAUAUCCUUGCCGUGCAACAAAAGAGGGUCUGGCACAAGAGCUAGGACUGACAUUUAAUCAGAUCAGUAAGUGGUUCUCUGCCACCCAUCAUUAUUCAAGAGAUGCUGUUGCCAAGAACCAAAAAUACCCAGGAGAAAAUACUACUGAGAAUAAUAGUAGCACAAUCUUUGAUGGUAUACAAGUAAUAGAACCCAAUUUUGGUUUGAUAGAUAAACCAGAUGCAGAUACAAAUGACAUGAUUUCUGAAAAGUUGAUGGUACAAAUUAAUCUUAACGAAGGCAUUGAAGAGGAUAUCCCACCGAGCCAAUAUACUACCAGGUGUGAAGAGAAAUUAACUAUGACUCAAGCUGCCAUCUCAAGGGAAGCUGGACCUCCAGGUUAUGGUCCUGGAGAAAACUUUCUUCAGGUCAGUUCAAGGAUUACUAGCUGUGAGCAGAGUGUGAUAAUGGCUCCUAGCGCUAUCGCAAGAGGAGUUGGUCCACCAGGAUAUACGCCUGGAGAACACCAGGGCAAUGGGGCUCCAUGGAAUACAAGCUAUGAGCGAAGACCGUUUACGAGUCCUACGACUAGCUCAAGAGAAGUCGGACCUCCAGGAUAUGGGCCUGAAGAAAACCAAGGCAGUGGCAUUUCCUGUAAUACAAGCAGAGAGCAAAUAUUGUUUAUGAGCCCUACAACCAUCUCGAGAGAACUUGGUCCACCAGGAUAUUUGCCCAGAGAAAACCAGCGCAGUGACACUUCAUGGAAUACAAGCUGUGAGUCGGGACUAUUUAUGAGUCCUGCGACCACCUCAAUAGAACAUGGUCCACCAGGAUAUGGGCCUGGAGAAAACCAGGAGAAUGACAGUACAAGCUGCGAGUUGAGAAUGUUUACAAGUCCUACAAUCGUCUCCAGAGAAGUUGGCCCACCAGGAUACCAGCAGGGAGUGUUUAUGAGUCCUAAAACCAUCUCAAGAGAAGUCUGUCCUCCAGGAUUUGGGUCUGGAGAGAACCAGGGCAACGACACUACAUGGUACAAACAGAGCGCGUUUACAAGUCCUACAACCAUCUCGAGAGAAGUCGGUCCGCCAGGGUAUGGACAGGAAGAUCAGGGCAAUGGUGGUUCUUGGAACACGAGUUGUGAGCAGGGAGUGUUUACGAGUCCUACUAGAGGCAUCUCAAGAGAAGUCGGUCCGCCAGGAUACGGGCCCGGGGAAAGUCAGGGCAAUACCACUUCGUGGAUUUCGACCUGCCAGCAGAGAAUGCUUGCAGGAAUCCAGAGAACUGGUGGCUCAAGGAGUAUGGACUUGGAAGCCUUUCCACCGGGAUACGGACCUGGUGGUGCUUCAGGGAGUGUCAUAAGCCCCCAAGCUCGGUCUGCAGAGAAUGUAGAAUUUUCGGACGAGGCUAGAAAAAAGGCUAUACAGCGGGAGCUGAGACGGCGGCAGAAGUUCAGGUGAAGGCAAUAUAUCCAGUCUUCAAGACAAGACAAUAUAUCCAGUCUUGAUGGCUGAAUGAGUGGGCGACCUUAGUUGCCAUCAAGCAAAACCCUUGUUGUAUCAGCUGCUUAUCUUCCUUUUACAGACUUGCUUGGUUUGUCAAGGAUUUCUUAUGUGAACCCUCUUGAACCUGAAGUAUUCAAUGCGCUGUGAAUUUGUGCAGUUGCCUUUCUUCUGCAUGAUAGUACAUGUUAUCUGGGUU